ACAUUGCUAUUGACAAACAAAACAAUAAUGCGUAUAUACUGUGGGUACAAAAAAGUAAGAUUCUUUUUAUUAAAAAGUGUACGAUUUUGGAGUAAUAGUUUGCUAAUUGUUAAAUAGUCUACUAUUUUUAAAUUACAUUGUUUAGAAUUAUUUUAGUUAUAAAAUUUUAAUAAAUCAAGAAUAUGGCUGCAGCAGACAAUAGUUCACGUCAGGGGAAACACUCCAUUCCUAUUGAAAUAUUGGAUGAUCUAUGCAGCCGAUUCAUAAUCAACCUGCCUCAAGAAGACAGAGGCAACUUGGUUCGAAUCUGCUUCCAAAUUGAGUUGGCCCACUGGUUCUACUUGGACUAUUAUUGUACUGAUGAGAGUAAGAGGCUCAAUCCAUGUGGUAUUCGGGACUUUGCAGCACAUAUAUUUCAGCAUGUCCCCCAACUACGAGAACAUAUCAGCAAUCUUGAUGAGGUGUUGGAUAACUGGCGUGAAUAUAAACAGACAGUACCGACAUAUGGAGCUAUCCUCCUUGACACUGAACUGUCCCAUGUGCUUCUCGUACAGUCUUACUGGACCAAGGCAUCCUGGGGCUUCCCUAAGGGUAAAGUGAAUGAAGAUGAGGAGCCAUGGAAGUGUGCUGCUAGAGAGGUACUCGAGGAGACUGGAUUUGAUAUAAGCAAUCUAAUUAAUAAACAAGACUAUAUUGAAGCGAUGAUACACGAUCAAAUCGUCCGCUUGUAUAUAAUUGCAAACAUACCACGCGAUACCAAGUUCCAGCCGCGAACGAGAAACGAAAUAAAGGCCUGCGAGUGGUUCCCACUAGCCGACUUGCCCGCAAACAGGAAGGACAUGACACCCAAAGUUAAAAUGGGUGUAAGCCCCAACGCGUUUUUCAUGGUGCUGCCAUUUGUUAAAAGAAUGAGGCGAUGGGUCGUAGAAAGAAAUCUUAAAGUAGGCAGACGAACGAGACACAAAUCAAUGGGUGACAUUGAAUCAUGCAAAACAAAAAACAAAACAAUCUCGCAAGGUCUACAGAAUGAAAUACAGGAGUACCAGCAGAAUUCUGGUCACAAAUAUACAAGUAAUACUCACGGUACUCAUUCAAAUACGAAGGCGAAUGGUAACAAUGGCGCCGGUCCUAAAAAGAGCGGGAAAAUGACAAAACGUCAACUUUUCACUCCACAAAAUACACAUACUAGUAAUUUCUCCCCCUUAUUAAAAGACAACAGUCCGGCAGAAGAUAUUGAAGAAAGUGUUUAUUUGAACUUCGUCGCACCAUCUUGGGCGAAUUUUAAAUUUGAUAGACGGGCCAUCCUUGAAUGUCUGACUUGAAAAUUAAAUAUUGUGACUAAGGUUGAUCUCACUUCUAAAGACUUGUUCCUUAUAUAACAAGCUUUUAUUCGUUUUUGAAAAUAUAAUUUUCUGACGUA